UGGUGUAGCUGUUUAGCAUCUGCACUCUGGAAGGCUGAAGCUACUGGCUGUUACAGAAAAGAGUGAAGAUCUUCUACAAGAGCAGUACCAUGAAGCUGCUGACUGUGUCUGCACUUCUUUGUGCGAUGAUGGCUAUGCACACUGUUGCUGCAUGUAGUCCCAGGGGUUGUCCUUAUGGUUGGACCUGGUUCCGUAAUCGCUGCUUUCGAUAUGUUCCAAGACGCAUGAAUUGGGUGGCAGCAGAGAGAAACUGCCUGUCGAUGGGAGCAAACCUUGCAUCUGUGCACAGCAGAAAAGAGUACCAUCUGAUUCAGAGGCUGACUGCCCGUUAUGGCAAAGGAAUGACUUGGAUUGGAGGACAUGAUGCACCCGGGGAGGGUAUUUGGUUGUGGAGUGAUGGGAGCCGUUUCAACUAUAGAUACUGGUGCAGAGGAGAGCCUAAUAAUGGCAGGCGCAGUCAGCACUGUCUGCAGAUAAAUUAUAGCGGUUACAAGUGUUGGGAUGAUCAGCACUGUCACGUUCGUCUGCCAUCGAUCUGUGCCAGGAAAAUAUAUAGAUGCCGGGGCUGACACUCAAGCAUGAAAUUCCUAUUACAACACAAACACCCUGAUAUAUGACAGUGUUUGUAUUCUGCUUGCUUUAUUUCACUUUCCAUCAUUACAUUUUUCCUCUCCCUGUAGCACCGAACCUGAAGAACUAAGUAACAAGUCAACUGUGUUUUAGGCCUCAUGUCUUUAACAAGAGCAGACUGAUUGUGUUAGCACUCUUUCUUCUGCAAAGUAAACUUUUUUUUGUCUUUUAUGCACCAUUAAAGCUUUCAGUCAAGCAUA